AUGGAACAACUAGAGCAAUCCCUCCGUCCUGAACAGAGCUCAGUUGAUCCAAGGAGAAAAAGGCUGAUGAUGCAACUCGAAGAACUGAGCAAGAAUCUACCACGGCCCGGCGAAGGGCGAAGCCGUAGCAGGACAGGGUGGAAGGGAAAGAAACCACAAGGGCCAGAGGAAAGAAACACAGCGGGAGAUCAUAAAAGUCAGGCUUCCAGUUCACAUUCAUCAGAACAGCCUCUCGAUUCCAAGAGGCUAAGAAGGCUUAAGAACAACAGGGAAUCCUGCAAGAGAUCCUGGCUCAGGAGGGAACUGAAGAAGUUUGACCUCGAGGACACACUUCAAGGGCUGAAGAGGAAAGUUGAGCUACUACGUGGUAUGGUUGCCUACUAUACCCAUCGACAGGCAGAAGUAGAGACGAAAAACAAAGAACUUCAAAGCAAAUUAACCAAUCUUCUUCGUGACAGCCAUAUCAAAGAAGCUAAACGGGAGACAUUGGCACAAGAACUGCAGCAACUAAAAGAGCUCCAUGGAAUACAGCAGAAGAUUCUGAUGCAGCAGUCACAGCAAGCCCAACAAUCCCAACAGAAUUUUAAGAUGCCUCUCCAAGCCUUCCAACCAAGUCCAAUCGACAACUUUAGGGAUACUAACAUUUUCUUCAAGAAACCUUGA